CGGGACGGGACCGGACCGAGGUGGACCCCAGUGCGGGGCUGCGAUGGGUGGCUCACGGCAGCGGGUCGGUCUCUUGUUCCUGUUGUGUCUGGGCCAGUGUGCCCGCGGGUCUCCGGCCCCGGCAGAAACGGGGGGAGCCGGCCUGCGGGAGAUGCUGCAGGAGGUGGGCGAACUGAUGGAGGACACGCGGCACAAACUGCAGGGAGCAGUCCGGGAGAUGGACCUGGUGCCAGGGUGGAUGACCUGGGACACAGAGCCGCCUCCCGUCCCUCAGGACCAGCGCGAAGAACCUGCCUCCCCCCUCGGAACCGGAGAGCCAGACAUCGGCACGUGGCAGGGAGCCAGGAAGGAGUGCUUCGUAGAUGAAGACUGUGGGAAGCACCAGUUCUGCCAGACAGACCCGUUGGAGCCCAAAUGCCUUCAACGGAGAGCAGAGCGAGAGAAUUGUUCUCGAGAUGUUGAGUGCGACGGGGACCACCUGUGUAUCUGGGGACAAUGCCAGGCAGAUGCAGUAAGAGGAGAGCAGGGCUCCAUCUGUCAACAUCAGUCAGACUGUCAUCUACACCUCUGCUGUGCCUUCCACACCGAUCUCCUGUUUCCUGUGUGCACCCCCUUGGCUGAGAAGGAUCAGGUGUGUCACAACCCUGCCCACCAUUUGCUGGACCUCGUCACUUGGGAAAUGGAACCAGACGGAGCUCUGGACCGGUGUCCCUGUGCCGAUGGACUGCAGUGCGCACCAGAAGGUAACAGCCUGAUAUCUGUGUGCCAGGAAAACCAGCAGGACAGUGUCACGAAAGAUCUCUCUGACUACAUGGAAGAGCGGCCACUCCUCAGUGCAGAGAACGUAGACCCCAGCGAAGGGGAGAAGGCCGAGGCUGAGUUGUGGACUGUACUCAGUACCAGGCUGGAUUCCACAAAAGACCUCCACAACUGGGAGAACACAGGAAGAGUUGACGAAUAUGAGGCAGGAGACAAAAAUCACAGCUGACUUGUCUGAUCUCUCUGAAACCCAGCCCGCAUACAAUCCUUCCAAGUGAUACGGAAAGUCAGGAGCAUAGAGGCUAGAUAAUUGUAACAAUCCGUUGGAAAAUAGUGUAGUGUUUUUGGUAAUAGCAUACUUUUAGUAACAUCUUCAGCGGCUUACUGAUCAUCUGUUGACACUCAGUAGAUUUUAUUUAUUUAGAGAUAGUGUUGAACAGGCCUUUUUGACCCAAUGCACCACAUCGCCCAGCAACCUACUGAUCUACAUUGGCCAAAGCACAGGACAAUUACAAAGACCAAUUAACCAACCUGCUAUGUCUUUUGGACUGUGAGAGGAAACCCAUGUGAUCAUGGGAUGUAGACUCCUUCCAGAGGUUGCCUGAAUUAAACUCUGAACUCCGAUGCCCAAACUGUGACAGCAUCGUGAUAACUGCUAUGCUACCCUGAUGGACUCCACUGCCAAUUCUUAGAAAAACAUCACUGGUGGACUCUUCCUUCCCCCUGCAUGGUGCCCCCAGUCUCACCUAUCACCUUCCAGCUUGUACUCCUAACCUCCCCCCACCACCUUAUUCUGGCUUCUGACCCCUUCCUUUCCAGUCCUGAAAAGUCUCAGCCUGAAAUUGUUUAUUCAUUUCCAAAGAUGCUGCUUGAGCUGCUGUAUUCCUCCUGCAUUUUGUGUGUGGGCUGGUUGUAGCUAGGGGCAUUGCCAGCUGUUAAACUGGGUCUCAUUUCCAGUGAAUGAGAAAGAACAGUUGGAGACGUCUACAGCUCUGACUACUGGCUCCAGGUUUAGUUUAGAACUUUUUUUUGUUUCAAACUCAUGUUUAGAAUUCCAAGCUGUUAGAUGCUUUUUCUAAAACUACCAGAUCUACAGUAUUAUCAAUAAACAGAGCAUCUUCCAGAGGUGAUGUUGGGACCUUGGUAUGAUUUAUAUAAACUGUAGAAAGCAGAAUCUGCUGUUUGUGAUCCAGCAGGCUCUUGUCAGUGACACAGAAGAGAGCUAUUUAGCCAUUCGAGUCAAUGUUUACUCCCAGCACAGGAAUGCCAUUAGCUGCUACAUUGUGCACAAUUUUAUUCACCCAUCUACAGGGAAGGUAACAAGAUUGAAAGAGUGCAGAAAAAAAUUUACAAGAUGUUGCCAGGAUUUGAAAGGAAAGGUUGAAUAGAUUUGGACUUUAUUCCCUGGAACAAGGGGACAUUUGAUGCAGGUAUAUAAAAAUUGUCAUUGAUUUUGGGGAGGCUAGUGCCCAUGAGGGAGCUGGUAGAGAGCCUGUACAAUACUGCCAUACACAGCCACAGCCAGGUCUGCUGUGUACCAGGAUCGGCAUGGUUUGGCAGCCUGGCAGUGAAUACCUUAGGGUGCAGUGGAACCUUUCUCUGGUGAAUCCUUUCCAACAGCUCCAAAACCUUGCCUUUGGGCUGAACUCAGUCUCCCAAAGCCAACGUUCCUCCAGUUGCCACCACUCCCACCCGUCCACAGACAGUGCAGGAAUUUCCCACUUGGAACCACAACAUUAAACAGUUCUCUACUGUUAAUCUGCACCCACACAGUCUGAUACAUACACCAGACCUGACAGUACUUGCAUUCACUGUGUGAUUCUGGGUUUGAGUGGAGACAAGUCUAGAAAGUCCUGAGGGAAAAUCACACUGUCACUGCACCCAGUGGGCCCACAACUACAGUCCCGACUUCAGGACAGGGAAGUUGGGAGACCACACGACAGUCAAUAUCAAGGAGUGGAACGGGUAAGCAGUUCCAAGAGCCUGGGUCUCAACAUCGCGCUGGAACUACACAAUCACAUAUUGAUGCAAUUACAAAGGACAGCUGAUUCCGAUGAAGGGUCUCCACCCUAAAUGUCAACUGUUUAAUUUACUCCAUAGAGGCUGCCCGAACUGAGUUCCUUCAGCAUUUUGUGUGUAUUGAUCUGCUGUAUUUGUUCAGUGAAAUACAAUUGUCAGCCAGAAUAUUGGAGCAAAGUCAUGUUAUUCCUUAAAUAUUGACUGUAGCACCUUUAUCACCCACCUGAGAACACAGAACUUCAACCUGAAUCUGAUUGACCGUUAACUCCCCUCCAUCGAUACUGCCCAGCUUGCUGAAUUCCUCCAGCACUUUAUUUGUAAAACACACAAUGGGUUUCAGGGAUCUUCAUGGACAUGAGAUAAUGGAACAAAUCACAGCCUUUGCUCUGUCACCUGUGAUUCACUUCCAUUUGAAAGAUUUUCCUACAGAAUGGAAACCAAUACCAACAGGAACAUUUCCAACCAGCUAACAAGAUGCUUUGCAAGUCAACACAUGAUGCUGAUGUUGACAUUGAACCUCACAGUUUCAAAAAGUUUAUAUUCAGGAAAUUUAGAGGAACUCAAUCAGACAGGAACACAGGCGAUACUGCAGAUGCUGAAAAUCCAGAGUAACACACACAAAAUGCUGGAGGAACUCAGCAGGUCAGGCAGCGUCUAUGGAAAUGAAUAAACUACUGAUAUUU